AUGAGCGGUGGAUUCGGCAUGACCAGCACCCCGCCCUUUACUUCAAAGACGUGGGAGUGCCAGAGCUUGCGCUCUUCUGCCGGAAGUGAUUCAGUCGUAGAUUACGCAUUGGCGGAUGAUGCACCUUCGGUGAUGUGGGCACAGUAGUGCUGUGCUUCGACUAUGCGCGCGGGGUCGUCGGCAUAUACGUGGAAGGCAUUGAGCCAUGCGCAGAUGUU